AUGGCUGCAACGAACGGAGCUGUUGAGAGAGACGUCGCCUCUUACUCGAUUCCGGAAGAAACUGAGAAGAUCUUCCAUGAAGGAAUUCUCAAGAACCCUUUGAUUGCCAAGGUUCUGCCGCCAGAUGCGGAAGAGCUGGCCGGCUAUGUGAAAUUUGAAGGGUCCAGGCUGCCAUCCGUGCCCAUCAAUUGGCGGUUUGCAGAGAGCGUCUCCUCUCUCAAGGCGCUGGAAGCCACAAUGGUGAACGUGCUGCUGAAGAAGAAGUACAAUGUGCAGCCGCAGAAAGUCACCAUCAACACCGACCACGCCCAACUCUUCUUCAUGUCCCUCAUCACCAACACGCUGGGCGGCGAACCCUUCGGCGUCUCGCGCCCCACCAAAUCCGCCCAGCUGCGCGACCUGGCCGACAAGUACUUCCCGACCCAUUGGGACAAGCACGGUCACCUGGCAACGCACCACCGCACGGCGGCGACCAACAUCUACCGCUGUGCCGACGGCCGCUUCUUCCACGUGCACGGCUCCAUGGACCCGGCGCCCACGCUGCGCAUGCUGGGCUUGCCGGUUGAACCAGAGGUCCAGCCCGCGAGCGCCGAGGAGGCGUGCUGGCCGGUUGCGGAGGCGGUUGCGCGGUUUGAUUCGCAGACGCUGCAGCGCAUGGCGAGCGAUGAGGCGAGGCAGGCCGGGACCAUCUGCUGGAGCGUCGACGAGUAUCGCGAGAGCGAGCAUGGGAGGGCGAAUGCGCAUGUGGGGCUGUACGAGGUCGAUGCGUUUGCGAAUGAGAGGCAGCGGCCAGGGUGGUGGCCGGAGUACGACAAGGGGGCGUUGAAGACGGGGCCGAGCAGGCCGUUGGCUGGGUUGAAGGUGGUGGAUCUGACGCGGAUGGUGGCGGCGCCGGCGACGACGAGGGGGUUGGCGGAGCUGGGGGCUAGCGUGAUGAGGGUGACCAGCCCGAAUGUGACGGACCAUCACGGGUGUUUUGUCGAUCUGAAUUGGGGCAAGUGGAAUACCUGCCUGGAUUUCAAGAAUGAGGAGGAUAGGGUGAAGUGCGUGGAACUGAUUAAAGAGGCGGAUGUGGUCGUGACGGGGUACCGGCCGGGCGUGUUGGACAAGUACGGGUUCUCGUAUGAAGGCCUGUUCGACAUCUGCAAAGAUAGAGACAGGGGUCUGAUUGUGGUUCGAGAGAACGCGUACGGUUGGCAUGGCCCGUGGAGCUACAGGAGCGGCUGGCAGCAGAUCUGUGAUGCGAAUACUGGCGUCUCUUUAGAGUUCGGGCGUGCGAUGGGUAACGACGAGCCCGUCACUCCCGUCUUCCCCAACUCCGACUACUGCACUGGCAUCUGUGGUAUCAUCGGUACGCUGGAUGCCCUCAUGCGAAGGGCCCAAGACGGUGGUUCUUACAAAGUCGACAUCGCUCUGAAUUACUACUCUCAAUGGCUCGUCAACAGCGUCGGAACCUACCCGAAAGCCGUAUGGGAGGACGUGUGGGCACGAAACGGAAAGCAGGUCUUCCGCCACUACCACCACAUGCUAUACACGCUACCGCGUUAUCUGGCCAUGCUGCAGCAGAACAGCAGCGACGUGCUGUUCAAGCCAGAAUUUUUCGAAGACCGCCCGUGCGGAUACAUGGGCCAUGCCAUUCGCGUGCCGAAGCCCAUAGCUCAGUACGAGGUAGCCGAAGGUGUCCCGGAAGAGCAAAAGGUCAAGCCGGGAUUCAAUGUCGGCACCAGGACGAAUGGCGUGGAUCAGCCGAGGUGGCCGCAAGAUUUGAUGACGGAGAUCGUGGUGUGA